AUGGGAGCGUGCUUCUCUCAACCAUCAUCAUCAUCAUCAAAAUCAUCAUCGGAUGAAAAGGAGGAGGACAAAGACGAGAAGAAGAGAAAGAGUAGGAAAAAGAAAACAAAAAAGACGAACAAGAACAGAGGAAAGAACGAAGAACAAGAACAAGAAAAGGACGACGAUGCGUUUGAACGAGCGAUGAUGUCCUCGGAAUACUCGCGAUUACAAACGAUUAAGAGAGAAAGAGCGAGACAGAGAACUUUAUCGGAGUGCGAAAAAUUAGACGUGAUUGCAGACGCGUUGGCGAAUAUCGAGCGAGAGAAGAAAGAACUCGCCAACGCGCGGAGACAUUUACGAGACAUGAACAGAGCGGCGAAAGCAGCAGCGCAGAAAGUAGAAAGUGAUGGAUUAGGAGGUGGGACAGUAGGAAUAGUAGGGUCGAGCGCGAGCUCGAGAAGAGGAGACGAAGGAGGAGCGGGGAUUGCGAUGAGCGGGAGCGCGGAAGCGCCGCCGCCGCGCGAAAAGAAGAGCACGCUCUCCAAAAGCGAAACAACCUCAUCCUAG